UAUCGAAAAGUGUUUAUUGAUUUUCCUUUCAGUUGACAGCACAAAAUUUAUAUAUUUUUUUUGUUAUCAGACUCAGACAUUUCCGGAAUGGCUCUCAUCUACUACGAUCGCACCAUCAACAGUCCCCUCGAACUCAUCCUGGCUGGGCUGCGCGAGAGCUCCCAGGCCACCUCUGUGCAGGAGCUGGGUGUCUUUGUGACUGCCAAGACCAGCUUUCCUGCCGAAGUCUGCUACAAGAUCAUACGAGAGGCCCUCGAGGAGGGCAUGGCAUGCAAAACCAUUGGACGAGUGGGCAAGCUCUACUACGCCCUCCCACCGAAGCCUUGCCGGCUACCAGCGAGCAAGACCAAGCCAAAGCCAAAGCCAGCGGCGUACUGCGAUAAUUAAUUCAUAAUGCGGAGAGUAUCCGCUCAAGUGGGCCAGAAGUGCAGAGCAAACACUUUAUUAAAAUUAAAAUUUAUCUAAAUUGC